UUGUUGGGAAACCCAGAUGAUGGGACUUUAUUAUUAUUAUUACGGCUAUUUGCAAGCCUUGCAGUUACUAGCCUGGACUCUCCCCUCGAUGACAUUCGCUUCCUUCACGGAUGAAACCUUAGAGAGAGCCGCCAAAUCCGAAGGAUAUUGCAGCCGGAUCCUGCGAGCCCAAGGCACUAGGCGAGAAGGAUAUAAUGAAUUUAGCCUCCGCGUGGAAGGCGAUCCGGAAUUCUACAAGCCGGGAAACAGUUACAGGGUCACUCUUUCUGCUGCCACUCCAGCCUACUUUCGUGGAUUCACCCUAAUUGCUUUAAAAGAGGGCAAAGAGGGAGACAAAGAAGAAGACCACGCAGGAACCUUUCAGAUUAUUGAUGAAGAAGAAACACAGUUCAUGAGUAAUUGUCCUGUGGCUGUUACUGAAAGCACGCCAAGGAGAAGGACGCGUAUUCAAGUUUUUUGGACAGCGCCUCCUUUGGGCACAGGCUGCGUAAUUUUGAAGGCAAGCAUUGUGCAAAAGAGAAUUAUUUAUUUUCAAGAUGAGGGAUCUCUUACCAAGAGGCUAUGUGAACAAGACUCCACCUUGGAUGGUGUGACUGAGAAACCAAUCUUAGACUGCUGUGCUUGUGGAACGGCUAAAUAUAGGCUUACCUUUUAUGGAAAUUGGUCAGAGAAGACACACCCAAAAGAUUAUCCACGGCGAGCCAACCAUUGGUCUGCAAUCAUUGGUGGAUCACAUUCAAAGAACUACGUACUCUGGGAAUAUGGAGGUUAUGCAAGCGAAGGGGUCAAGCAGGUAGCUGAGCUGGGAUCUCCAGUAAAAAUGGAAGAAGAAAUUCGGCAACAGAGUGAUGAGGUUUUGACUGUCAUCAAAGCAAAAGCACAAUGGCCCGCCUGGCAACCACUAAACGUGAGAGCUGCGCCCUCUGCUGAAUUUUCUGUGGACAGAACACGCCAUCUGAUGUCUUUCCUUACCAUGCUAGGGCCCAGUCCAGACUGGAAUGUAGGAUUGUCAGCUGAGGACUUGUGUACCAAAGAAUGUGGGUGGGUCCAAAAGGUCAUUCAAGAUCUGAUACCAUGGGAUGCCGGCACUGACAGUGGAGUUACCUAUGAGUCACCCAACAAACCAACAGUGCCUCAAGAGAAGAUAAGGCCUCUCACCAGCCUUGAUCAUCCCCAGAGUCCCUUUUAUGACCCAGAAGGAGGUUCCAUUAAGUCGGUAGCCAGGGUUGUCAUAGAAAGGAUUGCACGGAAGGGAGAACAGUGCAAUAUUGUUCCUGAUAACGUUGAUGACAUUGUCGCAGAUCUUGCAGCAGAAGCUUCGGAAGAUGAAGAUGACACUCCAGAAACCUGCAUCUAUUCAAACUGGUCCCCAUGGUCAGCCUGUAGCUCUUCCACUUGUGAAAAAGGGAAACGAAUGAGGCAGAGAAUGCUCAAAGCUCAGCUGGACCUCAGUGUGCCUUGUCCAGAAACUCAGGACUUCCAACCAUGUAUGGGUCCAGGCUGUAGUGAUGAAGAUGGUUCCACGUGCAUGAUGUCUGAGUGGAUAACCUGGUCCCCCUGCAGUGUGUCCUGCGGCAUGGGAAUGCGAUCGAGAGAAAGAUAUGUGAAGCAGUUCCCUGAUGAUGGCUCUAUGUGCAAAGUGCCUACUGAAGAAACAGAGAAAUGUAUUGUAAAUGAGGAGUGCUCUCCUAGCAGUUGCCUGGUGACAGAAUGGGGGGAGUGGGAUGAGUGCAGUGCCAGCUGUGGCAUGGGAAUGAAGAAGCGGCACCGAAUGAUCAAGAUGACUCCUGCCGAUGGAUCCAUGUGCAAGGCAGAAGUCACAGAAGCAGAGAAAUGCAUGAUGCCCGAGUGCCAUACCAUACCUUGUAUGCUAUCUCCUUGGUCUGAGUGGAGUGACUGCAGUGUAACAUGUGGGAAGGGGAUGAGGACACGACAGAGGAUGCUGAAAUCUGCGGCUGAGCUUGGAGACUGCAAUGAGGAGCUGGAGCAAGUAGAGAAAUGCAUGUUACCAGAGUGCCCUACUGACUGUGAAUUAACUGAGUGGUCCCAAUGGUCAGAAUGCAAUAAGUCUUGUGGAAAAGGUCAUAUGAUCAGGACAAGAAUGAUUGAAAUGGAGCCCCAGUUUGGAGGAGCGCCAUGCCCAGAAACAGUACAGCGCAAGAAAUGCAGAAUAAGGAAAUGCUUGAGAAAUCCCAGUAUUGAGAAAAGGCGCUGGAAAGAGCCUCGGGAGAAAAGGAGAAGCGAGCUAGUAAAAGAAGAUGUUGAUGGUGAGCAAUUUCCAGGUUGUAAGAUGAAACCAUGGACUGCUUGGUCAGAAUGUAGCAAACUCUGUGGGGGUGGAAUCCAGGAAAGGUUCAUGACAGUAAAGAAGAGAUUCAAAAGUACUCAGAUCACCAGUUGCAAAGAUAAGAAGGAAUUAAGAGCCUGCAAUGUUCACCCUUGUUAGCAAAACCGGAGGCUUUUGAAUAAUGCACUCUGAGAUAAAUGUAAAAUCAACCUUGAUUUGAUUUUUUUUUUAAAAAAGAUAUAAAUUGUGUAUAUUAGUCUUCAUUUUUGCAGUGUGGUUUGCUUAUUAGUCUUGCUGGUGCAAGAAAUAUAUUUUAUAAAUAUUUCCUCACAACAGAAUGCUGAGAGUUGCUCCAGCCAGCCCUUAAUGCAUAAAACUAGUGACGUCAUUGUGAAAUCCUAUAACCCGGAAAUUAUAAACAUCUCUGUGGACAUACCAUGGUCAUAGAAAUAUUCCCUGUAAAUACAUGGGAUGCAUGCAUACAUGACAUUGCAAUCUUAACUAUCUAUUUGGAUCCAGUUUCAGAAUAUCCAAAGCAGUGCCUCUGUGAUUACAAAACUGUGCCAAGGAAUUUUUUCAAUAAUGCUGGUUCAAUAAUACUACAGGUGCAUAUUUAUCUUUACCAUCAUGAUGUAAAAACUGUAUUUAUAGCAAUUCUCUGACACAUUCUUCUUCCUUCCUGAAAAUGCUAGGGCCCCCAAUAAAAUAGCCCUUUUGUUCUUCCCACAUUGAAAAGGGAAAGCACAUUUAAGUGAUUCACAUAUGAAUAGCCCAGUGCAUGUCACAUGUAAACUAGCCAGCCGGCACAUCUUUGCACAAGAGCCUGUGCUGCUGGGUGGUCAAGAACAGACAGGUGAACUCUCUCCAUGCAGCUUGGGUAAAUGAUCCUCAGGAGCUUCAGAGGAAGCCAUGGACUUCAAGAAGCGGAAUCAACAUAAAUGUACAAUGUAUUGCUUAAAUAUCCACUACAGCAGAGAAUUUGUGCACUCUUAAGUUUUGAAGUAUCUCAGACCUCAUACUGCAGAGAAACACCAAAGAGGAACAGAAAGAUUAGAUUUCUCCUCUUCAUUUCAGAAGCUGUCUUUGCUUUUUUCAGACACAAUACAAUAACAUUUUCACAUCAGCCUUCCAUUGCAGAUUUCAUUGCCACUUUCUUUUGUUUCUCUUCAUUUGCCUGUCAUGUUUCUCAAUCAGUAUAUGCAAAAAUAGCUGUCCAUCAGAAUAAGGAUUGGCCCUCGAAUAAAUUGUGUUCUCAGUAAAGAUUUGGAUUAGCUCCUCCAUUGAUCGCAGCCAACCAAAAGACAGCAGCUAUGAGAGGAACCGAAGUGGAACUAUAUUGUUCUUGUGAGAUUUUACUUAAAUGAUGUUUGGUUCUCUUUGGGUUUGUCACAUUGAACUCAAGAGGAUCCUCUAUAGAAGGAAAGCUAUUUCUUUCUAUCAGUCAUACACACUACGUUAUUUACCACUUGCAAGUAGCCUCCCAAAUUCUCACUAUUUUUCUUCUGAUAGGCUUCUUCAUCCCAGUUUUCAGACUCAGAACUCAGGUUGGCUUGUCAAGGGCAUACGUUUAUCAGAGUUAGGUCAUACCUGUGGAAAUUUAUUUUCUAGUGUAGCACUGCUAUGAGGGAAACAGGUCUGAAAUCAAUUCCGUUGUGAAUAGGCCAAAAGCAAUGGAGGGCCAAGGGCCAGAACAAAGGGGUCAAGAGUCCUGUGUGGUGCUGUAAAAUACUGAACAGGAAUAUCAUAAAGGAACUAGCACCAGUGUUCCCUCUAAGCUGAGUGAGUGUGAGCUAGCUCACAGUUUUUUAGCUUCCG